AUGUUCUUGCAGAAUUUUGCAGAAUUGUCCAUUAAUUACGAGCAAAACGCUCAUAAACUUGAAGAAUGCGAAAAAGCUCUUGAAGAAUUAGGUUGUAAUUUGUCUGAAUCAAAAUUAAAAAUCAUCGAAAUGCAAGAGGAGCUUCUUCCUUUGUCAGAUGCACAGUGGGAAAAUGACGCUAAUGUGGAAAAUUGUAAACGAUGUAAUAUUCAAUUUUCAGUGAGUAAGAGAAGACAUCAUUGCAGGAAGUGUGGUUCCAUAUUUUGCAAUUCAUGUAGUAGUGCCCGAUUAAAAUUGCCUUCAAAUGCAAAACCAGUGCGAGUUUGUUUGCCAUGCUAUAAUUAUCUUCAAAAUCGCCAAAAUUGUGUCCCUAAUGAAUGA